CUCGAAAUUUGGCAGGUGUGGCCCGAGCUGUAUUUUGCUGUAUCCAAGUCGCAGGCCUCUGACUCAAAGAAUCCCAAGAAGUUCGGAUUGCCCAUCUCUCGUCCUUAAAGACCCUCGACGACCACGCUUUCGACAUUGCAUGAUCUGAAGUGCCUCAACCACCAAUCCCACCCAAAAUGGCGACCGGGGACCUCGCCUUGCAGAUCUUGGCCGCCUUGGCCAAGAAUGACCCCAUUUCCUCGACCGAAGCAUUCCCCGAGGCUAAGUUUGCCGAUUUAAAGUCCGCUGUAGAUCGCCUGAAGUCGCGGUCUAUGGUGGAUUACGAACAAGUCGACGAGCAGGAGGCAGUUCUCGAGCCCGAGGGCUUGCAAAUUGCAGAAAAUGGCAGCCACGAGGCGCGCGUCUUCGAAGCCCUGCGCAAGGCCAUGGGGGGGUUGACUAUAAAGGAACUCGAGGGUUCCAUUGGCGACAAGAAUGUCACAAAGCUAGGCCAAGGUAAGGCCUUUAAGGAGAAGUGGAUCAAGAAGACCGACGAUGGCAAGCUGGUUGCUAGUGCCGAGUCCAUCAAAGAUGUCACACGAGAACAGCUCCAGACUAUUAAACAAACGAGAACACACCCCGAUGCAAAGGUACUGGCCGAGCUGAAGAAGCGCAAGCUCGUCAAGUUUCAAAAGGUUAUCAGCUUCAAGAUCAAGAAAGGAACCAAUUUCGCCCUAGAGAUGGUGAAGGAGGAGACGGAUCUGACAGAAGAAAUGAUUUCGACAGGUUCUUGGAAGACGGCUACCUUCAAACCCUAUAACUUCAAUGCAUUGGGUCAAGACCAACACGCGGGAGCACUGCAUCCGCUAAUGAAGGUCCGACAUGAGUUCCGUCAGAUCUUCUUCGAAAUGGGCUUCGAGGAGAUGCCGACAAGCCGCUUCGUCGAGUCUGGUUUCUGGAACUUUGACGCGUUAUAUGUCCCGCAACAACAUCCAGCACGAGAUUUGCAAGACACUUUCUACAUCUCGGACCCCAAAGCGGCAGACAAGCCGCAUGCGGAGGAUGCCGAAGACAAGAAGGACUACGAAACGUACUGGGACAACGUUAAGCAGGUUCACCAGGAUGGAAAGUUCGGCUCCAGGGGUUACCGAUACCCGUGGGCCGCGGACGAGUCACUGAGAUUAGUGCUGCGUACUCACACAACCGCCAUCUCAACAGCCAUGCUGCAUAAGUUGGCCGACAAGAGAGGGCCCGACGGAAAGCCGCCACCGGCCCGGUACUUUUCCAUCGACCGAGUUUUCCGAAACGAGAGUGUCGACGCAACGCAUCUUGCCGAAUUUCACCAAGUUGAAGGCGUCAUUGCAGAUUAUGGCCUCACACUGGGAGGUCUCAUGGAAUUCAUGACCAUUUUCUUCGGCAAGAUGGGCAUCGAGGACCUGCGCUUCAAGCCUGCAUACAAUCCUUACACCGAGCCCAGUCUGGAGAUCUUCAGUUUCCACAAGGGGCUCAACAAGCUGGUUGAGAUCGGCAACAGUGGCAUGUUCCGACCGGAAAUGCUGGAGUCAAUGGGUCUCCCGAGCGACCUGAGGGUAUAUGGUUGGGGAUUGAGUCUGGAGAGACCGACUAUGAUCAAGUACGGAAUCUCGAACAUCCGCGAGUUACUGGGACACAAGGUGGACUUGAACUUCAUUGAGAGAAAUCCGGCGGUUCGGUUAGAUAAAGAGUAGAUGGCAAGUGGGGACGGGCAUUUGGUUGAACCAAAUGAAAAGCUACAUGAUAGCAUGAGAUGAUGAAAUAAGAAGAAGAAUUGUAGAUGAUCGGCAUGAUACUGCUCCAGUUCCAGUACGUGUGUAUUUGUGUUUGUGCCAGUCCGGAGUCCGGAGUCCGGGCCGAGGUGGGGUUUUCAACUAGCCCGACUUCCGACUCAUCUAAAUUCA